UCCCUGUCCGCGCUGCUCCUCUGAAGGCGUCUCUUUAUAAUCCGCUGUUUGAACCGGGAUGCUGGCGGAUCCGUGACGCCGUGGGCUCCCGGGUGUGGGAGAUGAAUGUUGUACUUCCUUGUUCCUCUGUGUAGCAGGAACCACGCAGCGGUAGCCGCAUGACAGAGACUCCUAUGUUGAUUUUUUUAGCCGUUAUCUGAGAUUCUUUGACGGUUGGGAGCUCCAGCAGCGGCGGCGGACCGAACGAGCCGCGGCCGCUUGACAGGUGCUGUUUCCGGCUCUGCGUGCAGAGAUGCCGCCCGUCCAGAGAACCAUGUCCGAUCUCCGUUCCCGGCAGGAGGGAUACGAGAAGACGGAGGACAUGACGGAGAAGACUUCCUUUGCCGACCAAGAAGACGCCCGACUGAUCCACCUGAAUCAGCCGCAGUUCACCAAGUUCUGCAACAACCGGGUCAGCACAGCCAAAUAUAACGUCCUGACGUUCCUCCCCCGGUUCCUGUACUCACAGUUCAGGAGGGCGGCCAACGCCUUCUUCCUGUUCAUCGCUCUCCUGCAGCAAAUCCCCGAUGUGUCUCCCACCGGCCGCUGGACAACGCUGGUGCCGCUGCUCUUCAUCCUGGUGGUCGCUGCUGUCAAAGAGAUUAUUGAGGAUCUGAAACGUCACAAUGCCGACAGCGUGGUCAACAGGAAGGAAUGUCAAGUGCUGAGAAAUGGAGCCUGGGAGAUUGUGCACUGGAGAAAGGUGGCUGUUGGAGAAGUAGUCAGAGCCUCAAACGGGGAUCACCUCCCGGCUGACCUCGUCAUUCUGUCGUCCAGUGAACCUCAGGGGAUGUGCUACAUCGAGACGUCGAACUUGGAUGGAGAAACCAACCUUAAGAUCCGACAGGGUCUCCAGCUGAGCGCAGACUUAAAGGACGCCGACAGCCUGAUGCGUCUCUCGGGGCGCAUGGAGUGUGAGAGCCCAAACAGACACCUCUAUGAGUUUGUUGGGAACAUCCGCCUGGACGGACACAGUACUGUACCUCUGGGUCCAGACCAGAUCCUCCUGAGAGGAGCUCAGCUCAGGAACACUCAGUGGGUUCACGGCGUGGUGGUCUACACGGGACAUGACACAAAACUCAUGCAGAAUUCCACUCGGCCUCCUCUGAAGCUGUCCAACGUGGAGCGCAUCACCAACUUCCAGAUCCUGGUUCUGUUCGGCUGCCUGCUCGCCAUCUCUCUGGUCUGCUCCAUCGGUCAGACCAUCUGGAAGUACCAAUAUGGCAACGACGCCUGGUACAUGGACCUGAACUAUGGCGGGGCAGCAAACUUUGGCCUCAACUUCCUCACGUUCAUCAUCCUGUUCAACAACCUGAUCCCCAUCAGCCUGCUGGUCACUCUGGAGGUCAUCAAGUUCAUCCAGGCCUUUUUCAUCAACUGGGACACUGACAUGCUGUAUGAGCCCACCAACACUCCUGCCAUGGCUCGCACCUCCAACCUGAACGAAGAAUUAGGCCAGGUCAAAUACAUUUUCUCUGACAAGACGGGGACCCUGACCUGCAACGUGAUGCAGUUCAAGAAGUGCACCAUCGCUGGUGUGGCGUAUGGUCACGUCCCCGAGGCUGAAGACGCUAGUUUCGCAGAGGACGAGCGGCACAGCACGCAGUCCUCAGACGAGGCGGGCUUUACUGACCCGGGUUUACUGGAAAACCUCCAAAAUCAUCAUCCGACAGCUGCUGUCAUCCAGGAGUUCAUGACCAUGAUGGCCACCUGUCACACGGCGGUCCCCGAGCACACCGAUGGAAGCAUCACCUACCAGGCGGCGUCUCCAG